AUGCAGAAGAGCGUGCGGUACAAUGAGGGCCACGCUCUGCAUCUGUCUGGGGUUGCCCGUAAAGAAGGCGCCAAACGCGGCUUCCUGAGCAAGAAGACGACGGAGAACAGCCGCUGGGCAGAGAAGUACUUCGCGCUCUACCAGAACGUGCUCUUUUACUUUGAAAACGACCAGAGCGCGAGACCCUCCGGUAUCUACCUGCUCGAGGGAUGCACGUGCGAGCGGGCACCGGCGCCCAAAGUCUCCGCCAUCAGCAAGGAGCCAAUGGAGAAACAGCAGCACUACUUCCUGGUGAUUUUUGGCCACGAUGGACAGAAACCUCUGGAGCUGCGUACCGAGGAGGAGUCAGACUGUAAUGAAUGGGUGGAGUUCAUCCAGCAGGCCAGUUACUCUGACAUCAUCAUCGAGCGUGAGAUCCUGAUGCAGAAAUACAUCCACCUGGUCCAAAUCAUGGAGACGGAGAAGGUUGCAGCCAAUCAGCUCCGCACUCAGCUGGAGGACCAGGACACUGAGAUCGAGAGGCUUAAAGCUGAGAUUGUAGUGUUGAACAAAGCCAAGGAAAGGAUGCUGCCUUACCAGAACAACCAAGAGGAUGAAGACCCAGAUAUUAAAAAGAUCAAAAAGGUGCAGAGUUUCAUGCGUGGCUGGUUGUGCCGGAGGAAGUGGAAGAUCAUCGUCCAGGACUACAUCAGUUCCCCUCACGCCGAGAGCAUGAGGAAGAGGAACCAGAUCGUCUUCAACAUGGUGGAGGCGGAAACCGAGUACGUCCACCAGCUCUCCAUCCUGGUGAACUGCUUCCUCAGGCCGCUCCGCAUGGCCGCCAGCUCCAAGAAACCCCCCAUCAGCCACGAUGACGUCAGCAGCAUUUUCCUCAACAGUGAGACCAUCAUGUUUCUGCAUGAAAUCUUCCACCAAGGUCUUAAAGCUCGGAUCGCCAACUGGCCAACGCUGGUUCUGGCUGACCUGUUUGACAUCCUGCUGCCCAUGCUGAACAUCUACCAGGAGUUUGUGCGUAACCACCAGUACAGCCUGCAGGUGUUGGCCAACUGUAAGCAGAACAGAGACUUUGACAAACUGCUGAAACAGUACGAGUCCAACGCCGCCUGCGAGGGCCGAAUGUUGGAGACUUUCCUCACUUACCCCAUGUUCCAGAUCCCACGAUACAUCAUCACCCUCCACGAGCUGCUGGCACACACACCUCACGAGCAUGUGGAGCGGAAGAGCCUCGAGUUCGCCAAAUCCAAACUGGAGGAGCUGUCAAAGAUGAUGCACGACGAAGUGAGCGACACGGAGAACAUCAGGAAGAAUCUGGCCAUAGAAAGGAUGAUUGUAGAAGGCUGCGACAUCCUGCUGGACACCAGUCAGACGUUUGUCAGACAAGGGUCUCUCAUCCAGCUGCCGUCCAGCAGCGAGCGGGGCAUGCUCAGUAAGGUGCGUCUGGGCUCGCUCUCUCUGAGGAAGGAAGGAGAGAGGCAGUGCUUCCUGUUCACCAAACACUUCCUCAUCUGUACCCGAACAUCUGGAGGAAAACUUCACCUGCUGAAGCAAGGAGGAGCGUUAUCUCUGAUAGAGUGUACUCUGAUAGAAGAGCUUGAUGCCAGUGAUGAAGACUACAAUGCAGCGGGUCAGGGCUUCAACCAUCUGGAGUUUAAAAUAGUGGUGGAGCCUCCCGAUGGUCAGUCCUUCUCCGUCGUCCUCUUGGCUCCGUCACGCCAGGAAAAAGCCGCCUGGACCAGCGACAUCAGCCAGUGCAUUGAUAAUAUCCGAUGUAACGGCCUGAUGAGCAGCGUGUUUGAGGAGAACUCCAAAGUUUCUGUGCCGCACAUGAUCAAGUCCGACACCCGGCUGCAUAAAGACGACGUGGACAUUUGCUUCAGCAAGACGCUCAACUCUUGCAAAGUGCCACAGAUCCGAUACGCCAGUGUGGAGCGUUUGCUUGAGCGUCUGACCGACCUACGUUUCCUCUCCAUCGACUUCCUCAACACCUUCCUGCACACCUACAGGAUCUUCACCACCGCCGCUGUCGUCAUCGACAAGCUGGCGGUCAUCUACAGGAAGCCGUUCACCUCCAUACCUGUCAGGAUCGAACAGCUUUCAUGUGAUCGUCUGUCCAUCAUGUCCCUCUGUCCCGACUACAGUCUGAAGAUCACGCGGCUCGCUCUCGACCAGACUAAGUCUCUGGAGCUCUUCUUCGCCACCAACCAAGGGGGCACGUGGGGAUCCGACCCUUUAAACAACAAAUCGCCGAGGCUGUGCCGCAAGUUUUCCUCUCCUCCUCCUCUCUCCAUCCCCUCCCGCACCUCCUCCCCCGUCCACAGCCGCAAGCUCUCCCUCAGCUCCCCUAUCAAUUCCAAAGCAGGAGCCUUAGACUUGUCCACCACUCCUUCCUCCUCUGCAGCCAACUCCCCCACCUCCACUCACAGCCCCUCCAUCUCUUCUCCGCCUCCCAACUCGACCAGGCCUCCCUCUGGUUUUUCCUCUCCUCCGCCCACCGCCACACGCUCCCCCAGCUUCCCACACACCUCUUCUGGGGUGUCGUCUCCGCCCCCCACCUCCACCAAAGCCCCCCUGGACCUCAGCCGUGGUCCCAGCUCGCCGGAGCUCAGCCCGGUGGCGGCGGCAGUGGCGGAGGACGUCAGCGGGGAUCUGCCUCGCAUCGAUGCCUUCUGUGGGAAGCUGAGGCGAAGCAUCCGCAGGGUUGUUCUGGAGUCAGUUUCUCUGGAUAAGUUUAUACCUGAAGCUCCAGCCAGCAGCGAGCCGGGUGACAUGUCUCCCUGCCGCUCGCCGUCGACGCCGAGGCACCUUCGCUACAGACAGUCAGGAGUCACAUCGGGGGAAAACUCUCGCUGUACGAUGUCGCCGGCUUCAGCGUUCGCCAUUGCCACUGCUGCCGCGGGGCACAGCAGCUCCCAGGGUUUCAGUAAUUCAGAGAAAUCCUGCGACAAAGAAUUCAUUAUCCGCAGAGCAGCGACCAACCGAGUCCUCAACGUGCUGCGACACUGGGUCUCCAAACACUCCCAGGACUUUGAAAUGAACAGCGAGCUGAAGAUGGGGGUGAUCGGUUUGUUGGAAGAAGUGCUACGAGAUCCAGACCUGAUGCCCCAAGAGAGGAAAGCUACAUCAAACAUAUUAAGUGCCCUUUCUCAAGACGAACAGGAUGACGCUCAGCUGAAGAUAGAAGACAUAUUACAAAUGAUAAGCUGUCCACUACUACACUUCAUCGUGACGGAGAGUACUAAAGCGGAGUGUUUUGAGUCUCUCUCGGCCAUGGAGCUGGCAGAACAGAUCACACUACUGGAUCACAUUGUUUUCAGGGGUAUUCCCUAUGAAGAGUUCCUCGGUCAGGGCUGGAUGAAGGUGGACAAGUCGGAGAGAACGCCGUUCAUCAUGAAAACCAGCCAGCACUUCAAUGAUAUGAGCAACCUGGUGGCGUCUCAGAUCAUGACCCAUACUGACGUAGGCUCCAGAGCCAGCUCCAUAGAGAAGUGGCUGGCGGUGGCCGAUAUCUGCCGCUGCCUCAACAACUACAACGGUGUGCUGGAGAUCACCUCUGCUCUCAACCGCAGCGCCAUCUACAGGCUGAAGAAGACCUGGGCCAAAGUCUGCAAACAGACGAAGGCGCUAAUGGACCGGCUGCAGAAGACCGUUUCAUCAGAGGGGAGGUUCAAGAAUCUCAGAGAGACACUGAAAAACUGUAACCCUCCGUGUGUCCCGUACCUGGGCAUGUACCUCACUGACCUGGCUUUCAUUGAAGAGGGAACGCCCAACUUCACUGAGGAGGGCCUGGUCAACUUCUCCAAGAUGAGGAUGAUUUCUCAUAUUAUCCGCGAGAUUCGUCAGUUCCAGCAAGCACCUUACAGGAUAGAGCACCAACCCAAGGUGACUCAGUUCCUCCUGGAUAAAACGCUGGUGAUGGACGAAGAUACUCUCUAUGAGCUCUCACUGAAGAUCGAACCUCGAGUACCACCUGGCUAA